GGAUCAUAAAAAGUUUCUGUGACAUCAUGGAAACAUAAAAAGUUUUAUGGUAGGGAUGCACAACUCAGUUUCUUGAGGGCCACAGCCCUGCAGAGUUUUAUUCCACCCCUACUUCAACACACAUACCCUGGGAUUUUCAAAUAAGCCAGAAGGACUUGAUGAGCUGGAUCAGGUGCGUUUAAUAAGAGUUAAAGCUAGGGUUGAAUUCAUCAGGGCUGUGGCCAUCCAAGAAGUGAGUUUAGCAUCUCUGUCUAUGGCAACAUUGGAAACUUAAAAAGGUUUCGUGGCAUCAUAGGAACCUAAAGAGAUUCUGUGACAUCGUGCGUGUGCCAUUCCUGUCUUCCUCUACAGGCCUUUGCCUUUGUUCUUGGUGUGAUUUGACUUUAGUGCAAGCUGAUCGGGGUAGACAUAACAGACCACCAGCCAACAACAGAAAGAGUAAUGUCUCCCCUUGAGCUAUCUCUCUCUUCAGAUCAGCUCUGCCGUCUACCCAAACAGAGGCUCUUCCAGACAAUAUCUUAAAUUAGAUGUUUAGUGGAUGAUGGUCCUGUGAUCUAAAACACAGCCUGUGCCAGAGGGUAUAUCAUCUGUACGGCUCUGUCUCAUCUGUGUGUGUUUGUCAGACUCUAACUCAUGCACACCUGACCAUAUUUUUCCACAAAGGCUCUUUUCAUCUGAUUAAAAAGUCACCGAAAACAAAAGGUUCACAAAGACUGAGAUUAAACAAGAUUAGGCGGGUAAUGACAUCCCACCUCUCACUCACUUCCCAUGAUAAAGAGAACAUGUUUUGCUUCUAGUUCCCAGAAAAAAACGUCCAGUGUUUUUUAAUGCUGUGUAUAUGUCAGCCAUAUUUUUGCUUGUAGAUUUGUCAGUUCACGCGGAAAAGAGACUGAGACGACCUGCUUGGGUUUCCACUGCUCUUUGUUUGUUUAGUGCGAGGUCAUCUGGGGUCGCUUGCGUGUAUGUGAACAUCCGCGGUGCAGUCGGUUUAGUCUAUGGUUGAGUGGACUUGAUAUCUGUGUGGUUGAAUAUUAACACUGAGGUUGCUGUGGUUUUUCAGAGCUGUUUGUGUAUCUGCAUGCUAGUGCAUGCGUGUUUUAUAAGCGGACCCCCGGUGUUGUGGUGAUUUUAAUAUUGAAGUUUGUCAGCGGGGUGUUUUCUGUAUCAUUUGUUGAGGCAUUUGUAUAAUGCAUGUAUGGCUGGCUCAUGGUGAUGAGGUGUUUGUGUGGAGUUUUGGGGGGAAUAAAUGUAUGUUGUCGUAAUGAGGUGUUUCUGUAGAUGUGUAUGUGUGUUUGUUGUUAUGAAGAGGGGGGGCCCUGUUUACAAAUUAGGUCUCAGCUGAGCUCCGUUCACCGACCUCACAUUCCAGAACUAAUCGCCUCCAUCUGGCAAACUCUUGCUCUCUCUCUCUCAUCUCUCACACUCACUAUUCUUCUCCUCAUUUCUCCAUCCCCUCAAACACCGAGGUCUUUUUAGGCUGUUUAGCUAAUUGUUAGUGUUCGCUAAGGCAAGCAUCACUAACUUUUGCUCAUAUUUGGGUGUUUUUUUCAACUAUGGACACUUUCAGCAAGAGUGAGUUGAACACAGAACGUCCUAGUGCCCACAUACAACACACUAACAACUACCCAGAACACUAGCAACCUUAUAACAAUUCACAAAAACCUUCUCAAAUGACUGUAGCAACAACAAAAAAAGUUGACGGAAAGUGUAUAGCAUUUUCUUGUUUACUAUCAGUUACCGACACAAACAAGCUACAGGGAAAAACGAAAUAUGCCCCAGCUGUUUAUUUUGCGCAAUUCUUUCCUCUGUUUCUCUGCUGUUGUUCCUUCUCUUGUUGCCUCUCAUUUGAUUGUUUUUCUUUCACGGUGAGCUCAUUCUGGGCUGUGGUUCUCAGAAGUGUAAAUUAGAACCAGAUCCUUUCUUUCUGAGCGAGGCACUGAUUGAAUAUAAUGUUCUGUUCCCUCGCUCUUGUGACUGAAAUAUGGCCCAGGCCGUGAGCACAUUGUGCAAUACCACGCAGCUGUUCGUGCUGUUUUUCUUUUCUGGUCUGCUUUCUCACGAUCUCUAUCCAUCUUGUCCGUAUUCUCUCCUCCGUCCAGGUGUUGGAGUUUGCUCGCAGCUGCUUGACAGAUUACGUGCGGCCAACAAGUGGUUUGGAGCCUCCAUUCCAUUCUUUGUCUGUGAGCUCAAAGCGGUGGCUGCAUACAAGAGGGGCUUCUUCUGUGGGGACACCAGCAUCACUUACCCAUACAUAGAAAGUGAGGCCAUUCCUAACAGUAUGCUUAUAGCCGGGGGCAUCAUGAUCACAGGACUUACGAUUGCUGUUGGAGAGUGCUGCCGGGUACGAUUCAUAGGUGUGCACUCACGGGCAUUUGUGCGCAACCUCUAUGUGUCCUGUCUGUACAAGGAGCUGGGCAGCUUCCUGUUUGGCUGCUGUGUGGGGCAAUCCUUGACCAACAUGGCGAAGCUAAGUGUGGGCCGACUCCGUCCCCACUUCCUGACGGUGUGCAAUGUGACCUAUGCUUCACUCAACUGUGUACCUGGAACCUACAUCUCAGACGUUGUCUGCAAGAAUGAGACUUCGUUAGAUGAAAAGAUAGUGGAAGAGGCCAGAAAGUCCUUCUUCUCGGGCCAUUCAUCUUUCGCCAUGUACACCAUGCUUUACCUGGCAUUCUACCUGCAGGCGAGGUUGUCAUGGCGAGGGGCACGGCUCCUGCGACCGUUGCUGCAGUUCAUGUUGGUGAUGUUAGCAGUGUACACAGGAUUCUCUCGCAUUUCUGACUACCACCAUCACCCCACUGAUGUCCUGACCGGCUUCUUGCAGGGAGGACUGACCGCAUACUGGGUGGCCUUUUAUAUCUCGUCCAUGUUUAAGACAUCUUGUCCAGGCAUGUCUCCAACAACCUUGUCUCUGGAGAGUCCCCUGUCCAGUCAGCAGACAGUCUGCUAACAAAGAUAUCUAAGAGACGCGAGAGAGUGAAAAUGGGAGUGAUCGAGAACUGGAAUGGGACAAAGAACGUUAAAACAUGCUCAUGUCUUGACAGAGAACCAUUUCCUGCGCACUCUGAGAGAAGAACAGCAAUAUAAUAAUAUAAAUAUAUAUAUUAGUGGUGGGCAUAGAUUAUUUUUUUAAAUCUAGAUUAAUCUCACUGUGAUCUUGAAAUUAAUCUAGAUUAAUCUAGAUUAAAAUGGCUCAUUCGAAUU